AUGCCUGAAAACGCAUUAACGGAUGGAAACAGUACACUAUCCGAACGUAUUAUCGCACUCGGCGACCAACUAGUACGUCAUCCUCGCUACCUCCGGUCUCUCCGGUCGCGAGAAGGUGUCCUAGUUCGGUCUCUUUCUCCUCUCCAAGAGGAUCGCCUAUCCACCGAGCGAGAUCUACGUCUCGCAUGCGGCGAGUAUCGCUGUCCGCGUGGAGGGAUGUCCAAGUACGAGACACCUGCUGUGUUGGUGUAA